AUUGUUAAUAUAAUAUAAGAUUGUUUAGUGGCCUUUUGCUCGCGGCCAAAUAGAUUAGCUAUUUGAGCGUUUGAGGGGCGUGGCUAUGUUGAAACGUCAUCAACCGCAGACAUACAAUAUGGCUGCGCCCAUGGACACAGCACAUUAGUUGUGCGCACUGACCGACAGCUGCUUUUUUAAUUGUUAUAAUUGAGGUAAAAACCCGACGACUGUGGGUAUAUAUGUAACUAUGGCAGUUUGUCAGCUCGAUAUGUUUAAUAUAGAUAAAGAUGGCCACUCCAGGCAAAGUGUCAAAAAAGGAGCGGAAGAAGCAGAUCCCAGCUAAGACGUCCCUGAACUCCCCCUACAGACUGCAAUGGAGCCCGCUGCAGAGUGAUGAUGUACACUUCAUCCUGGACACUCUGAAGAGCAAACUGUCAGCAACUGGCCUGGAAAAGAAAGAGGUGAAAGGGUUUCGACAGUGGGGGAAAAAGAGAAAUAAGAACCCACCUACAGGAGAUGAUUCGGUAGCUGAGCCCCCACAGAUAACCCUUGACACUGUAACACCGGAAUGUCCUGUUAAACCCAGAGAGCAAGGCUGGACUGACGUAGCCGCUAGGAGGCAGCUGGCCAUGGGCAUCAAUGAAGUCACCAAGGCUCUGGAGAGGAACCAGCUCCGGCUGGUGCUUGUGUGCAAGUCGGUCAAACCGCCGCACAUGACGAGCCACCUGAUAGCGCUGUGCCGGACGCGGGGCGUGGCGGCAUGCCAGGUGCCGCGUCUCAGUGAGAGUGUGGCGGGACUGCUGGGGCUGAAGUGCGUCCUGGCACUGGGAUUCAGACAAGGGGAUAGGAACGAGGAUGGGACGUUCUCCGACACUGUGGAAGCCAUUAUACCCAGAGUGCCUGCUCUGCAGGUUGCCUGGAUACCAAGCCCUCCCAGUGAAACAGGUGUAACAGUUGAGGGGCAGGUAGGAGAGGAAGAGGUAACAGCUGCAGGGCAAAUGGGGUUGGAAAAGGUAGACGAGACAAGACGCCAAAAACAGAAAAUUGAAGACAUUUCUCCAGACAUUACAGAAUGUCCAUCCUGCGUACUUCAGCCUCUUAAAGUGAAAAAGAUUAUCCCGAACCCCUAUAAAAUACGGAAACCAAAGUAAGAAAAAGUAGAAGCAAUUUAUGUACAAAAGAUGACAUGAAACAGUAGUGUAGGCAGCCCUGGAUGCUGAUUGGAGGUGAUCUCUACUACCAAUCUGGAGGAAACACUCCCAAAAUCCCAUGGAGGACUUAAAUGAAAUAUUAGACAGCACACUCAGAUGUAUCUUUUAAAGUCUAGAUGAGUUUAUUCCAUCAUGCUGGUAUAGCUUGCGUGAGUAUUUGAAACAUAUUCAGUAUUUGGAUGAGGUCCUGUUUAAACACUGCUGGUUCUAAUUCCUCAUUUCUUUUACAGCCUGCCAAGGAGUUCAAUAAAAAUACUGUUUUUCAGUUAGAGAAA